ACGGUACCAAAGAGAGAAUCGUCUCUCUCUGGUGGGGGGAGGGGGUCACUGCAAACGCCCGCCUGCAGCGGAAAGGUUAUCUCGCGAGACGACGGGUCCCCAAAAGGCACAAACCUAGCGCCAAGGUUGGCUGUGAAGGUAGAUUCCAGGGUGCGGAAGUGGCUUUGUGGUGCCACCUCUAGCCGCUCCGAGGUCAACCUCCAUUCUACACCGAAAACUAGGCCUUGCCUGCUAUGGAAGGGCAGCAGGGGCAAGAGAGCCACGCAACCCUAGCACUCGCCCAGGCUCAUUUCAACAAGGGCGAGUACGCGGAGGCCGAAUCGCUGUACUCCGCUUACAUUCGCCAGUGCGCCUGCGUGUCCUCCAGCGGCUUGAGUCCCGGGAGCAAAUGCAGCCCUGAGGAUUUGGCUACUGCAUAUAACAACAGGGGGCAAAUCAAGUACUUCAGGGUUGAUUUUUAUGAAGCCAUGGAUGACUACACAUCUGCCAUAGAAGUACAGCCCAAUUUUGAAGUUCCAUAUUACAACAGAGGGUUGAUACUGUAUAGGCUGGGAUAUUUUGAUGAUGCUUUGGAAGAUUUCAAGAAGGUAUUAGACUUAAAUCCCGGAUUUCAAGAUGCUACUUUGAGCUUAAAACAGACUAUUCUAGACAAAGAAGAAAAACAAAGAAGAAAUGUUGAAAAAAAUUGAAAUUUUUAACUUAAUUCCUUACAUCUGCAUCUAGUUAUCAGUAAUUUAAAAUAGAUAUUGAGCUAUUUUGAUUUGUAUUUAAGAAAUUAAUACAUUAGCACUGAAAGUUAAUGUGUUUAAGGUAGUUAAUUUCAGGUUUAGUGGUUUUUUUAAUGAAGUAUAAAUACCAAUGUGUAUGUGUAUAUUAUUACAGUAAAAAGGAAUGUGUGGUGUUUUCUUCAGUAAAACUGUUUUUGUGAUUUUUUUUUAUUCUCAACUUUUUAUUUUAAAAAUGUUGUAUCUACAGAAAAGUUGAAAGUAUAAUGAAAUACAAACUCUUCAUUUAGAUU